GGAGAAAGAAAUAGCAAUCCUGACUAGACUAAAAUAUAAGAGUAAGAAUCAAUUAAAGAAUCAGAAAUAUUUUAAGUAUUUAAAUAUAAUUCUAAAAUCAUCCAAAAGAGUUCUACAAGGUGAUAAUUCUAUGAUCGAUUAUACGAAAAAUAAUAUUUUGAUUAUGACAGAACUGUUAGAUUUACAAAUAAAGUCUACAUAUUUCAUCUCUUUGUCAUUCACUUUGAUUGGAUGCUUAGCGAAGAUAUUUGACUUGCUGGAACGCAUUCCGUUUACAAUCCAUACCGAUGAUAGAUCUCUUAUAUAAAUAAUCAACUUCUCUUCUCUCUCUACUACUAUAGACAAUGUCUUUCUUGAUCGGUUUCGCUAGAUUUAUCAAGGUUAUCAUUAUUGCAUUCUCAAUCACAAUUCUAGUCCUAGGAGCUGUCUAUACAAGGGAUGUCAGUGAUUGGUUUAGAGGUGCACACUAUGCAUCUGCAAUAGCUGCUUUAUUAGCUGCAUCUGCUUUAAACUUUCUAACAACAUUGAUACCAUUAAGUUAUGGAGGUUUAUCCGUUGGCCUAAAUAUGUUACUCUACCUAUUCAACUUCUUAUUUACUUUCGCAACUUCCAUCGCAGUUGCUGCUUUGAGAGAAGGCAGAGGUGGUAUGGCUUAUUGCAGAUUGAUUGAACCAAAUAGAAUGUUCUCACACUGUUUUGAUCAAUAUUUGGGUUUAAUUGUCUUAGGUUUCUUAUUAUCAAUAUUCGAUUUGUUCCUAGUUAUCAUUUACCCAAUAGCCGUCAGUUUACAUAACAAACGAGUAAAUCAAUCCAAUGGUUUCAGAACAAGAAUGGAUAGUUUACUACCAAAACAACAACAAUAAUAAAAUAAGCGGUUUAUUUAAUUUUUAGUUUAAUUUUCUACUAUGUAAUUGCAUUGAUAAUAC